AUGUUGGCAUGGAAACGGAGUUUAUUUACAUCAGAACAAAUUGACGAAAUCUUUGGUAACUUGUUUUAUCAAUAACAUAUCUAUUCUUCUGAACUCUAUAGUGCCAUUAAGGGUAAAUAAAAUUGAUUUAACUAUAACAAAAUGACGGACACUAAGCCAAAGUUGCAAGAAAAUCCGCGAAGCGCUUUGGAAUCGUACAUAACUGCGUUACAAAGCGAAUCCAAAAUUACUCGCAAAGAAGCAUUGCUGAAUAUAAAUAAAGAGAUCUUUGACAAUCCAGACAUUGAAAACUGCGACCUGACUAUAGUCUUUCCAGAAAUAUAUGCCUAUGUAUUGAAAAGCUUUUCUGAUGCAUCUGAAGCAUGCCGCAAUGUGUCUGCAAUGAUUAUAUCAAAUUUUAUCGACCAUUUACCUCUCAAUGAUUAUUAUUUGACAUAUAUUAUGCCUGUGAUUGUCCGACGCAUCGGUUGCCCAGAAAUAAUUGAAGAAUCUGAAGAAAUACGUUUGGUACUAAUAGAACUUGUACACAAGAUCAUUGAAAAGUAUAAAACGACGCAUCUUCUUAGUUCGUUCAUAAAUGAUUUCACUAGUAUAUUGAGUAAGACGAGUGCCGAUCCAUUUCCUAAAGUGAAGCUUGAAGCAUGCGAGUGCAUAAUUCUAGUGACUAAAGUACUUCAACGAGACUUCCAUUUUCAAUCUGAGAGCUAUGUGAAACCAGUACUAUCAAAUUUUUGUCAUCAACACUUCAGAGUAAGGGUUGCUGCUAUAAAAGCAAUAGGUGCCAUUGUGUUAGCGGGAAACGUCAAAUGUUUUGAAUUGUCAAUUACACCGAUGGCAGAAAAACUAUUUGAUGAGAAUACACAGGUCCGUCUGCAGGUUACCCUUGAGGUUGGUAACUGGAUGUUGAAUUAUAGAGACCGCUACUCAUUUUGGCAUCGCAUGAUACCUCUACUUUUAACAAGCUUAAGUGACUUAAUGGCUGAUAUAAGAGAAACGGCAAUAAGGCUAUGGGAUGACAUAGGCUUACAAUUUAUGGACGAGAAUGAAGAAGAUCUAAAGAAGAGAACGGAUUUCUUGAAGGAUGUGCCUUCUCAUUAUCCUGAUGUCAAGAGACCAAACCUUGGCUGCAGAUAUUUAGUGCAGACCAAUAUUGGGAAAAUUGUGCCUGCUAUAGGACGAGAGAUGGAAGGGUGGCAUGCAGACGCUCGUCUGCGUUCAUCGCAGCUUCUAUGUUGGUUGAUCUUAUGCGCUGAAGAGGGAUCCACGCAACACGCCAACACCAUCGUAAGAACCCUACAUCGUGGCGCUAGUGAUGAAGAUCCCAGAGUUGCUCUUGAGAUCAAACGUGCGUCAGAAUUAUUCGGUUACUUCAUCCCGCCGGCCACGUGGUGGCCUCUGCUAGAAGCUGAGGUGGAUUCCUGGGGCGCCUUGCUCGUUAUCGCGAAUAUCAUCAAAGGAUCCCAACCCGAAUUAAUCAAGGAAAAAGUACUAAAAGAACUUACUAAAGAGCUAGCGGAUCCUGACAGAUGCAGAGUGAGGAAGCCCAAGUAUCAAACCAACUUGCUUCAUGUGGCAGAAGCUUUGAUUGAUCUGUGUAAAGAAGAAUGUUUGCCAGUGGCUGAGGAGUUGUUCAUCAUCAACUUUACAGUGUACGCCAUGCCAGUUGAUGACAAUUUACAAUUCAUGGCGAUCUCAAACUUAGAUAAGCUUCGUCACGUCGAGAAUUGUGGUCGUUCUCUUACCAGCCUGUACGAGAAGCAUAUACGUCGGGUUCUCGCUGACAUCACAAGCGAUGCGUUAACAUGGACCCUCCUGUCGCCAGACAGAUGUCUGUUCGAGUGUGUGCUCAUGCAUUCAGGAUCAGCAAUGGGUGGCCAAUUGCAUCUGAUCGCACCACUUCUGAAGGAAUGUUUGGCGACUCCUAAAGUAGACCCCGAGGUGAAGCUGAAGAUCUUCACGACCCUUUCGACAGUGUUGUUAAAACGGCAGACUAAUUUUUGCAAGUGCGACACUGAUAAGUUGGAGGCUUUCCUCAAGAUUGUUAUUGAAGAUGUGAUAAUGCCGAACUUGGUGUGGUCUGCGGGGAGAAUAUCCGAGGCCAUCAGGACAGCGGCGGUCGCUUGUUUAUGUUCCGCGCUGCAGGAAUCUCCACAGAAUAACGAUAUUCUCAACGUAGAAACGGGCGGCGACGGCGAUAAGAAUGAGAAGGAAGUAAACCUUUUUCCUACUAAAGAGUCCUUAGAGCCGUUCAUAGACAAAAUGGUGCCGCUUCUGGUUGGCUUGGCGGAUGAUAACUCCACUCUGACUCGUCAACACACGCUGCGAGCUAUAUGUUAUCUCAGCAACCUCGCCAAGAAACGCAGUUGUUUCACAGCUGAAGUACUGCACAAGAUAUAUUUCGUGGUGGUGAAGCGUCUCGACGACAGCAGCGAUAAAGUCCGUUCGUACGCCGUACAAACGUUGUGUACGUUGUUUAUGAAUCGGCCCGACCCGUACGAUACGGUCGUGUACGGGCCACACGUCGACGCACUGUACAGUGCCAUGUUAAUACACCUCGACGAUACAGAAGAGUCCUUCAGGAAGGAAGUGCUGGAUGCUCUCCUGAAACUGUGUGAUGUAGACCCAAAGCUGAUACUGAAGAAGGUGCAAGCCAACAUUCAUCUCUUUAGGAAUAAGGCUGCAUACGAGCGCUUGUCUAGUCACGCAGAGAAACUAGUCAAAGAAUAAUUUUUCAAAUUUAGUUUAGUUAGUAUAACAUAGUUAUAAUGAAGUGCCUUUAUUUAUGUUUGUUGUGUUAGUUUUUAUUUGAACUAUAAAAUACAAAUAAUGC